GGCCACGCGGGAUAUAUUACAGAGAGAUUCAGUGGUCUAUUGGCACGUCAGGCUCUAGUCGACGUCACGUUGAUCUGCGAUGAACAAAAACUUCGUGUUCACAAGCUGGUUUUAGCCUCGAAUAGUAUAUACUUUGAGGUAUGUCUAAAAAUAUUAUAAUGGAGCAUCACAAUUUCUUGCUCCUUUUAUUAGUUCAAAUGCAAAUAAUUGCAUUUUACAUAUAUUUUAGAAAUCUGUAUUUUUGUACGUUUCACGAGUUAAUUUAUAAAAAUGUUACAAUUGAAAUAUUUCAGUUUUAUUAUCACUGUUCUAUCAAAGCAAUAUGUUUUUUUAUAUGUAACUUGUAUAUAAAUAGUAAUAUAUGAUUGUCAUCAAUACUGAAAACAUUCUUUCAAAUGUCAUGCAUCUUGUUUCAUUAUAAUAAUCUAUUUAAACACACAGAUGAUUAUGUUACUAUCCACUUGAAGGUUUAGUAUCGCAAACUUUGUGAUUUCAUUCGAUAAUUGCAGGUGUAUUUACACGAUAUUAUUUUUACGUUGAAUUUGAAAGUAUACAAAAUUGAUUAAUGUUUCGAUGUGUACCUCUUUUCCUUACAGAUCUGCUGAUAAGUAUACCAUGUUAUUAAAAUUUCGUUUAAUGAAUUUUUAAGGAUGUUUUAUUCUUUUUAAAAAUUCUUUUACGUUACUUAUCCGCAGAAUUAUUUAUUCAUAAAGGACAUUUAAUUGUUUGCUCAAUAUGAGAAGCAAGGGAUAAUAUAAAAUUCAUAUAAACUAAAGAAAGCCUUGUAAAUUGGAAUUUCGUUAGUUGUUUGCAAACAUUUGUGUGAAGAAACCAAGUUUGAGGGGCAUACUUUUCACAGCUUUCGAAGAACAGCUAUUCCUUAGAAAAAGGAGAUACUUCAACAAGACUUGGGGCAAGAGCCAAUUAUACUUUUAAAUGACUUGGACUUUGAAAUUUUGAAGGCCAUGGUCGAAUUUAUGUACUGUGGAGAAACAACGAUAUCUCAUCAGCACUUGUCGUCCCUAUACACCGCUGCGCAAAUUUUUCAGGUUAAAAAGCUGGUAUCUGUCAUUGAUACUAUCAUCGACUCGAAAAAGAUUUCGGAAAAUUUGGGAAAAUGCCUAAAGCAGCAGAAAGGAGGAGACUGUAGCUUAAAAGCCGCGAACGUUUCCCUCAUGGAAAAUGAUUACGUCCGUGUUAGAUGCGAACUGAGCACGGACGAGAGCACAUCGCUCUGUGCUGGUAGCAAUAAUAACGACAUAAGCUCAACAAAGCGAUCAAAUCGAUCUUUUGAGAGCACGGACAUGAUCGACGGCGGUGAGCACGAUUUAGAACAUACUUUGUACGAGGAGUCGGUCACUACCGAUGUCGGCAAGGAGGCAGACGUCGUGGACACGUCUGACGCCGAAUUAAAUAUAAGCGCGCAAUGCGAUACUAUUGCUGCUACUACUGUUACUGUUACUACUACCACUACCACUAUUACUGCUAGUACUACGGCUACCGCUAUUAGUAUGAACCAAGUAAGGUGCAUAAUCAGCAAUAGAGACGAGACCCCGUCUCGCGAUCCCGAGAGUCCCGAUUUAAAACCCAUCUUGUACGAGCAAUGCUGUGAUCUUUCCUGUGACGUAAACGAACGCGAUGGAAUCGCACUAUCGCGAUUUUGCCUUCCACAAGCCGAGAACGAUCGUUACGGAAGUAGCACCGAUGUUCCUAGCACAGUAGGGAGAUGCGUCAAGGUAUACACGCCAAAGCGACGCAAGUCCGUGGACGAGGCUCGCAAUAAGCUUGUACAUACGCGGUGCAAUCUAGUGCCAACCACGCCGUCGUCCACAGACUCGAUAGACUUAUUAGACGAGCCGUCCGCUAACGAUGUACCGGUCACUUUGUUGUCAUCGUUGGACAUGGAGAGCGCGGAAUAUAUCUUAAGCUUGAGCGCGGAGAGUAUACAAUCGAUAGUAGGCGGUACGAUAAGCGAUCGACAUACCGUGAUCGGAUGUAGAGAGAUGAGCGCGGAACGAGACGAGCGAUUAAAUCUACUAACCAAUGACGCGGACUGUGUAAAGCCGGUCCUAAGACGAAGCACGCGACUGAGUCAACAGGAGAGUGACGAAACCGCGAGCAAUGGCUCGUCUCUGACGAGCUCCGGGACGGCAACUGAGAAACAAUUCAAAAAAAGUCAUUCUCCUAACGGAGUGGAAUCGUGUGCCAAGACGAAACGCAGGGGAAAGGAGGAUCGUAAGGUGCCGGAUCACGGCGUCAUCGCGGUCGCGACUUCCGCUAAUAGGAGAAACAAGAGGAGUAAUUCGAAAUUGAUAGUAAAACGAAGUAACAAGUCAUCGUGUAUCGCAACUGCCGGUAAAGAGAAGGAAGAACCGAAAACGAAGGCCAACAGCAAGUUUAAAGCCGACAACGCGGAGAGAUCAAUGAUGUUGGAUCAAUCGGCUAGUUUGACCCUUUCCGUGAAAUCCAACACGCACGAGAGGAUAGAUCGUGCCUUGUGGGGCGAUCUGUCCGAUGCGUUGGAUGAUCGGGCAAGUGAGACGGAUUUGCUCGCGUAUCCGUCCAACACCGAGAUUCCGUUUGCUGUUGGUUUGCUGCCGUUGCGAGCCGCUUUGGAGAAGAUGCAGGCCACGCCAGAUUAUCAGCCGCGCAAAACGCGCUCGUCGGUUGCGCCGAUGAAACAGGAGACGGCCAGCCUCAAGCGAAAGAGUUGCACGUCGCUCUCCCACACCGUGGUACUGUCCGGUAAGAAGCAAAGCUGCAAUAAUAAUAACGAGAGCCCCAACACCGUCUGCCACAUACAGAUACGAGCGGCGCCAUCGCAGUGCAUGAAAGGCCGCAGACGAUUCCUUUCGGAUUCGAUCGCGAGUUUGCCGACGACGGAAAUUGCGGACGAUAGACAGUGAUGCAGCUUACAAUUUAUUCGCAAUGAAAUCUAUUAGUCGCGCUGUAUUAAAUCUUGAUAACUUUCUCGAACGUAAGGCAGCUCGAUGGCAAUGGCGAUUUUCAAGCUUUUUUUAAGCUCGAAAAACUAAAGGUCAAAAAUGUAUUUUCUCGCCGUAUUUCAUUGAAUCACCUGCAACAUCUGGGUAUCAUCUUGCAAUUUGCACAGUGAGAAAAAUAUAAUUUUAAGUAAAUGUACGUAUGUAUUGUAUAUAGAUCGAAAUAUUUCAUCCAUGUUUUUGCACAAAUGAAUUUUCUCUCGUGGCCCUCGGUCAUCAUUGCGUAUAUUAUACUUGGCAAAAAGCCAUAUCUCUUGUAUGUUUAUUCUACGUAAUUUCGUAUUUUUGAUAACGUCAAUUUAAUCGUAAUCUCGUUUUAAAUAUUAAGUAUGUAAUUUUACCUAGAUAAAGAGAUAAAAGUGAUAUAAUGUCUCUUUUUACGGUUCAACAAAGCUUAAAAUAAGUACUUUUAUCUUUGGCAUGCUUAUGAUACUUAUUUCCAAAACAAAUUGUUAUAAUGAUUAAAUCCUGAUUAAGUUACGAGUUUGCAUUUAUGCAAUUUAAAAAAGAUUACAUUUGAUUGUGCAAAAACGAAAAUAUGACGUAGUGCUCGUGAUUAAUGCGUUUAGAAUUUAGUUUAAGCAGCGCAAGAUGAUAUGCGUAAACAAUGGCCUCUCAGAAAUUUCUAUUUUUUAAUUGCACUUUAAAGAGCAAAAUACCCUGUACCUUAAACAAUUUAGCAGCAAUAACUUUUUUUUAAUAAAAAAAAGUUUGUGAGUCAUUGUAGCAUGUAAGAAUUUACGUAAAUUGGUAAAACAGAAAGUAAUUUAUAUGAAAUUUAGCAAAAUAUCGUGGUGAUAAUUUAUAUAAUUAUUUAUCACAUUACACGGUGCCGAUCGUACAUCUUUUAUGUUACUUGAAAAGUAUAAUUUUUUUAACUUGGUGAAUAGAGGAUGUGUGCUAUAGAAAUGAAAAUAAAGGUCUCGUAUGUUGCAAUAGUUAUAUAUAUAUAUAUAUAUAUAUAUAUAUAUAUGAAAUUAUGCGUUAUUAAUGUAUAGCAUAAUGCAUUUUCAAUGCAACCUAUCAAAUGUCAUGAUUUAUAAUUGUACGUAUGUCUAUUUCCAUUUUGUACACUUAGCUACAGUAUUGUUAAACAAUCGCUGCUCAAUGUAAAGGGAUUGUUCGUCAUAAUAACAAAGUAGUGUUGAAAAUAUCAUACCGAUGUACAUAUACAUAUAUUUUUUCACAAUAAAUGUUUUCGAUGAAAUUUGUGUUUUUAUGGUGUCACACAUUCCGAUACACCGUACGAUCCAAUCAUUCCAUCAAUUGAAACACGUUUAGCUAUUUCGAGUGAACCCUGUUAUUACGUAAUAUUGUAGUUUAGAAUGCAAGUUCGAUACAAUGGAGUAAAUGAGAAAUUUUCCGUGACUCGUGUAAUCAUCUGACUGGAAUAAAACGUUUUCUCAGUAAUGCCGAAAAAUGAACUAUCAAAGAGGCGGAAGACGCGUGGCAACAAAAUAGGCGAAAUAGUACGCAAAUAGUAAAGGAAUUGCAAAGUAGCGAUGCGCGCGGUCAGUUGACACUGCGCAGGAGGGCAGAAAGAGAUUAGAGCAAGAAACACGGCAGCUUCUAUUUAUAGCCAUGUAACUUGAUUGGUCGCACGAAACGGCGACACGCAGACACGCGCGUACUCCAUGCGCGAGCUACUUCAUUAGCGCGUAGAUACGUACACGCUUGCUUCUUUCUUAGCUCGGUCGAUGAGCGCGAUAAUCAGGAGAGGAACUGAUUUCAUGAACGACCACGAAACGGCCACCUCGAAACACUUCCGACUAUAUUCAUCUACCUAUACACGUGUUUUCGUCCAAUUCGAAGAAAAGAAUCGGAGAAGAAUUGGAGAUCUUUUAUGGAGCGCAACGUGUGCUGAUACAUGCAUAGCGAAAUAUAAAGCUUAAUUGUCGCGCGGAAAUAUACAAGUUCCUCGUUACGGCAUAUAAAUACCAGUCCCUCCAGCGAAACCGCUCGACCACGUAACCUCAUGUACUUAAUAAUUUAAUUUCUUAAUCGGCAGAUUUUCGUAGACCAAGUCCCGUUACAGCAUUUUAUAUAGAGAUUUUUCCAGAGAGUUUUACUACAAUGCUGCCACUUUUCCCGUCCGAUGACGUUGUAUUCUCUCGAGAAUACGUCGAUUAGAAAGGCUCGACAGAAACUUCAUCUGGUAGAAUCACAAAUUUCGUCGUAGUAAACAGUCCGCACGUUCGUUUGCUCAAUAUAUCGUAACGGGAAAUGACGCGUGUCUAUUUUAUCGUAUUUAAUCUUGAACCAUUGUAACCGUUAUCAAAUAACCUGUCUAAUUUUUCAUACAUUCAAGUUUUUUUCUGUAAAAACGUACGUGUUUUCUUGCCGAAAAAAUUUCACAUUUCUUUUGUCGAUUAAUGCUUGUCGCACAAUGAAAUAUCCAUCAUGUUUCUUCUUACGAUCUGGGAAACGACACGGGAAGAAAUCACGUUAGACUCGAUGGUUGUAUCAAUCCUUUCGAUACGUGAAACGUGGUCUACGGAAUAUGGAUAUAGGUUGACAAGUUCAUCGUGGCUUAAGCACCGCGGAGGAGAACGUGUCCGACGAGGUCGACCGUCGACGCAGCAGCGCAGCCACGGUGCAAUCAAUGGGCGCAUAUUGAUCUCAACCUUUCGCGGAGUCUACGUCUGCAGAGGCACCGUGCACGAAUGAAGAUGGGGGUCCCACGCGAAUCUCAGAAUCUUCUUGUCGCACACGAAAUGACUCCGGCUCGAGAAGCAGCGAUCGCGUAAAUCAAAUGUACACGCGCGAAACGUCCCUGCUUUGAAUUUACGGGAAAAUUGCGAAAAUCACCCAUCACGCGAGUUAAUUAACAGUUUAAGAACCUAAGAUGUUUAGUUAAAGACCGUCUACUUGAAUCAAUUCCGUUUACUCGUUUAAGGUACUUGUUACGUUAUAGAUAACUGUGGAUUAUAUUACAAAUAAAGAUGGAUCUCACGUCA